GGUGUCGAAUAUCUCGCCAUGCUUGCCGGAAGAGUAAUCAGCUACACUGUAAGAAUUCUCACACUAUGUCUGCUCUUUGUUCAGACCUAUGCCAAUCGUGAAGUCACGUGCACGCCAGUUACAAACUUCAGUGGACUCUUACUUUAUCAAAGAAAUGUGGAAAGUGAGGACCUAUGCUUGAACAUCUGCUACGACUAUCUAUACUGCAAAUUCGUUUCUUUUUCGGAGAACAUUUGCACUCUUUACCAAACAGGGUCAAACACUUAUUCGCCCAGUGAGGUUACCUAC